CAUUAGCGGUUUUACACGUAAUGUUAUGUAAAUUUGGCWAACAGAGGUUUAUCAAUGACGUUGGAUUGUAAAUGUUUAGCGAUGUUGUGUUGAACUAUGGAUUAUAACUGUUCUCAUUGCUAACACUUUAUGCAUUAGCYUAAAUUUAUAUCAGAACACGGAGUUAGAAAUGUUUGGAGUAAUUUUUGAGCAUAAUGGUUUACACUUUGAAAGAUUUUAACUCUUGUCUUGCGUCGAUAUCUACCGUCUCAAAACGUUAACUGUCAAAAAGAAGGACAUAAAGUUCACAUACUACAAUGCAGAAGCCAAGAGAUGAGAACUAUCGUCGUUUGCUUUACCGAAGAUCAAAAACAUUUCACUGCCUUCCAAGGCCACAAUCUCARCAGCAAGGAGAACGAGAAGACUUKUCCACAGAGAUGGGAAGUUUGACAAACAAGAGGCGCUCAAGGCCUCAAACUUCUCGGGUUUCUUCAUCAGGRACAAGAGGAAGGCAAAGACCUUUCACUUCAUCKAUACUACGCCGAGAAAAUAAACCAGAACAUAGAAGAAGUGUYGUGUUUAUUAAUGGGAAUGGCCUCCCAGCUGAACAAGAAAGAAKUGUUUUUAAUCAUAAUGAAAGAAUGACAUCGAGAACAAGCUCUGCCUCRUCGAAAACUCGAARUUUAAGUACUCCCACRGCRGARAGUGAAACCGGACGGUCUUCACGGUCUAACUCGAAUCCAACUUUACCUCGUGUACCKGGACUAAUAAGACUGAGAUCUUUCAGCGGUUUGGAAGAAUUUGACGAGUUAGAACAAGAAUGUGAUAAUUUGAAGGAGCAAAAGUCCAUGCUGCUACAAAAGUUCCGUCAUGCUGUACGACUAGUUAGUAUAUUCAGUACCUUCUGUAUGGGAAUCAGACGCUACGCCGAGCAAGAGAAGAGCACUGAGUACGACCUUUACUAUCUCCGUGACAUGUUACCUGACAACGAAGACAAACCAACGCCUGUACAGGAAGCCUCGCUGUAUUUCAACAAACACCUCUUCUCUAGAGACAACACGCUUCAUUUUCCUUUCUGGGCUCGUUGGACCUGCGCACUGGAUCCUUCAGACAGGACUGACGCCGAGAUCCAUAAACUCGUCACGCUAUUACGAGGAAUGAAAUCCUUUAAUAAAUUCUCCCGACAUGCUCAGUGGCAUCUUUGUCGUACUAUGACCUAUGCAAGAUACGAAAAGAGAAGAAUCAUCAUCCGCCAGGGACAUCCGGGAUUUUGUUUCUACUUCAUUGUGUCAGGGACAGUCUCCGUGACCGUGACUCGAUGUGAUUUAAAAACAGGCAUUUAUGUGACAAACACGGUUGACGUACUUGAGAAAAACGAUUCCUUUGGGGAAAUUGCUCUAAUGACUCCAGAUGCACGGCGUACAGCCACGAUUAUUUGUCGAGAACGCGUUGAAGUCUUGGUGGUCAACCGAGAGACGGUUAUGGAGCACUGUCCUGACGUCUUCCAACGAGAUUUUGAUGAAAAAUUCAAUGUUCUAAGAGGUCACGAUAUAUUCAAACGCUGGAGCAACAACUCAUUGAAAAAAUUAUGCUUCGAAUCACAUAUCAAAGAGUUAGCGCAUGGUAAACUCGUGGAUCCAGAUUCAACAAAAUCUGAAGCUGUUUACUUUAUAAUCAAGGGUAAAGUUGACAUGCUGCGUCGGCUAGACAUUUCUGCGGUGAUCGCCUCUAAAGUAUCCAUAAGGCUCUACGAGACAAAACCCUUGCCCAGACCCAGCUCAGCAAUACCUGGCAAAGGAAAACCGCAAAUAGAAUUCGUCAACGUCGGGUCACUAACCAAGAAUGACAGUUGGGAUCUUCGGAUAGUUUUUACAGAAGGUUUUGCUGAGCCUGGAAACAUACUGGUCAGCGCUGGGGUCAGGCUACUCAAGGUUCCUAAGCAACGAAUUCUACAAAUGAGUCCUUUGGGGGCUUUGGAUGAAUUCAGUAAAUCGUUUGUACUAAGUCACAGAAGUCCAACGGUUGAUGAACUUUAUCAAGAAUACAUGGCGGCGCAGUCCUGGAUCGAGUAUCGACAGAAAGUCGUCCAAAAUGUACUGGACUGCAAGAGAGGCAAUCACGUGGCACAUAUGUCAUCAGUGACAAAGGGAACUUCCGGUUGGGGACCCUGGCCUGCAAAAGCUGCUAAAAACUUGAAGCAUGAAUAAAGCUCUCUGAGAAACAGAGUACAGUCAACUCUCGCUAUUUCGGACACCCUCGGGACCGUAAUUUAGUCUCCGCAGUAGCGAGAGUCCGUAGUAACGAGAGUUACUUUCAGUCAUUUCUUUGUAUUUUGUCGCGGUGAUUCAGUAUCUUACUGGCCGUAAUAGCGAGGUGUCCGUAAUAGCGAGGUGUCCGUAAUAGCUGUCCGUAAGGCGAGAGUUGACUGUACAUCAGUUGUGGUUAAAAAAUCUGCUGCAACGGAGGCUAACAGUGUUACGUUCAUUUUAAACGCCGUAUCUCAUAUGUGGUGAGUUCAAUGCGAGUUACUCCAACUCCAUGAUGAUUGUCUUCAUGAAUGACGUCAUACUUGUUUGGGCGAAGUGUAUCACGGGAUUGCUAAAAGUAUCAAGUGACAUUCGACGUGUAAUUUAGCUAGAUUCUUGAUGCCGAUUUUUAUACUUACAUAAACUAUUUCCUAGAAUGUUUUAUUGAAUUUGAGAGUUAUAUAGAUAUUUAUAGAACUAUCGUACUAUUUAUAGUUAAGAUAAAAUUGAAUGAAUUGAUUGUAUUAAAGUUUCUGAAUAUGUCAACUG